AACCCAACCCCGAUGGCAAACACGGGGGGGGGGAGGGCGGAUGGCUCUGGGGACGACAAAAUCAACCUCGAGGGCCUUUCCACAUAUUCCUUCAUGGAUGUGGAGGAUGGCGCCAGCACUGAUGAGGAGGGCAAGAAGGAUGGCGACACCGGCAAUGUUGACGUGGACCAGCUGUCGGAGGACGCCUCUUCCAGCGAUGAUGAGAGCGACGGAGACGAUGACAACGAUAAGGACCCGCUGACCCAGCUCGACGCCGAUGGCGAAUUGUCGCCUGAGGAAGAAACGCUGAAGAUGGACAUCCUGAACGGGUUUCGACUCCAGGCGUCUCCACCACCGGCCCUCGAUCAGUCGAUAGUGAAGCGUGGGGUUCUCUUGAAACUCGGGUUGGGUUGGUUCGGAGGGGAGUACGACUAUCGCGUCAUCCUGCACUGCGACGAAAGCACGCGUAGCAUGAAGAUGCCGUUGGAGUCGUACAGCACGGAGGAAGACGCCGCAAUUGGGGCGGGUUUGCCCAACAGCCCUUUCUCGGUGGACAGCAACCGUCUCAGCGACGGGUUUUCCAGCGUCUCGCCGCUUUCGACCACUAGCCCCUCGUUCCCCCUCUACCGGAACGACACCGACGACAGCGGGAACGAGCCCUCGCGGUACUGGGCGAACUUGACGAUGGCGUCAAGACUGGAGCAGGGGGUUGCCACCCGUGGGGCGGGCAGUUUCGAGACGGCGGUUGCGCGGUAUAACGUUUUGCAGGAGAGCUACAGCUCAGAAAAGCCUUCGGUCACGUUUCCAGUGCACGCGUGGAGGCGUUGGAAUCCUUCCGCGUUUGCAAUUCAGCAAGGUGAAACGUACGCGGUGCAAGUGCCGGGGGAGCAGUACUGGGAGGACGGCCGAAUACGUGCCGACGCCGCUGGGUAUUCCACCUACUACGACGCCGUCGACGCUUGCUGGGUGGCCAACGGGCGAUGCCGAUCGUACCUGCAUGGCUCCCAACCCCGGGUCCCCGCCCAAUACGCGCGCUGGAUGGAGCUGGUGUGCGGCAUCGGAGAUUUCGUGACGGCAUUGAGAGAGGCGAUGACGGGGGAGGAGCGCUACCUUCCGAUCGACGGGGAGUCGCUCCAGGCCUCCCUGAUGCCGGUGGGUCGGAACCUGACCUUUGUGGCCGCGGCGACGGGGGAGCUGGUCUGCUUCGCCAACGACGCCGAGGGCCUGUACGGCAACAACCGCGCGUCUCUGAACGUGACGGUGACGCGCGAGUCGUGGCCGCCGGACGGGACGUACGUGGAAGAGAACUACGACGCGUACCUCGACGACGAUCCUCCGGUCGUCUAUCCCUAGAUCGAAAGGGUGUACCCCUCAUUGGGUGGUUCACGAACGGCGUACCCGUGUCAGUUGGACCAGUAAGGAUAUUCAGCACUUACUGGGUGGAGACUGGAAUGUUUUUUUCAUGAGAAGACAACAACAAC